AUCUGUGAUGAAGUGAAAGCUGUGUUGUUGGCAGACAUGGCACACAUCUCAGGUCUUGUGGCUGCACAGGUCAUCCCAUCUCCAUUUGAGUAUGCAGACAUUGUCACCACUACAACACACAAGACACUGCGUGGAGGGAGGAGUGAUUAUUGUGGUUUUGUUGUCAUCACCUGGGAGAGGUCAGAGCAAGAGAUGAUCAUCCUGUCCUUCCACCUUUGUGUGAUCUGUGAUGAAGUGAAAGCUGUGUUGUUGGCAGACAUGGCACACAUCUCAGGUCUUGUGGCUGCACAGGUCAUCCCAUCUCCAUUUGAGUAUGCAGACAUUGUCACCACUACAACACACAAGACACUGCGUGGAGGGAGGUCUGGAAUGAUUUUCUUCCGAAGGGGCACAAAGUCGGUAGACAAGAAGACAGGAAAACCCGUUGGAUAUGACUAUGAGAGUCGUAUCAAUAAUUCUGUUUUCCCAUCUCUGCAAGGUGGUCCUCAUAAUCAUGCUAUAGGGUCUGUUGCUGUGGCCCUGAGACAGGCAUGCUCACCUGAAUUCUGUGAGUAUCAGAGCCAGAUUCUGCGCAAUGCAAAGGCAAUGGCUGCAGCCCUAGUUGAACGAGGCUACACUUUAGUAUCUGGUGGGACAGACACACAUCUUGUAUUAGUAGAUCUGCGGUCCAAAGACCUGGAUGGUGCACGUGUGGAAACUGUGUGCAAUGCAUGCCACAUCACAGUUAACAAGAAUGCCUGCCCUGGGGACCGUAGUGCUCUUAACCCCAGUGGACUCAGACUUGGUGUACCCGCAUUGACAUCAAGACAGUUCAAAGAGCCAGACUUUGUUAAGGUGGUGGAACUGCUAGAUCGUGGAGUUGCUAUUGCAGCACAGGCAAAGGAAAAAUCAGGAAAUAAAAUGAAGGACUUUCGAGAAAUUCUGAACUCAGAUCCAGACAUCAAGUGCCAGCUCCAGGAACUGCGAAAUGAUGUCCACAGCUUUGCCCUCAAGUUCCCGAUGCCUGGCUUUGAUGACCAUUAACUAGUGGCCUAAAGUGGUAAUUUAUGGUUCAUGUGCAUUCUGAUGAAAGAAAAUGCAGCAAAGUGAUUUGCAUGUAGGUGGAUACAAUGAGACCCCCAUUUAAAGUUUAUCUGGGAGCUGUGAAUAUGAACACUAAACUGAGGGAAAUUUUAAAUGGAGGUAAUUUACCAAUGAAAUUAGUGACUUGAGAUCCUUUAAAUUUAUUGUUAAACGAAGGAAAAUCAUGAACUGAGGAGCGUUAAAACAGGAUUUUUACUGUAGCUGAACCUUCCAUGAAAAAAGUUAUACUUAAUUUCAGUGCCAAUAUGACAUAUUGAUCAUCUUGGAUAAUAAACAGAAACUAUUUCAGUUACCCUUUGAAUGUGGAGCCCUUGAUAAAACAAUGAAGGGAAGACAUGUAGUUUCAGGCUUUAGGAUUUCACUCGUUCGGCUGGCCAUUAUCCAUGGUGUUCAUUGUGCAGAACACACACUUAAGAAUGCUGGAGAAGACAGUCAUAUUUUAACCAUUUAAAGUUAAAUUUUUCAUAAAUCAUGCUUACAAAUAGUUUUCUGGAGCCGUUAUUUGCAGUUUUCACAAUCUUGAUGUCAACUUAUUUUCGUUUAUUGCUAUUACACUUGUACACCCACUAGCUUGCAUUGGAUAGUGCAGAACUCACUACUUGCUUAUCGCAGUAUGUUCUCUUUUACCACAUGAAACUGUGCACUUGACUGCUAAGCACAGUCAACUAUACUGCAUGUCUUUGUCUCAUGACUGUGGGUUUAUACAAGUUACAGUUCUAGAUUAAGAGUUGAAAUGGCUUAGUUGGUAUAGCAGCAGUCAACAGGCUGGAUGGCCCAGGUUCUAAUUCUGUCAGGGUCAGUUUUUUCUCUUUACAACAUCUGGACAGGCUCUGGCACCCACCAAGCUGAGGCGUGAAACUGACCAUUCACCUCUUAUCUAGUGUCAAGGUCAAACAAAAAUGGCAGAGCUAUACCUCCACUCCC